UGUAUGUACUAACCGAGCUAAGCUCGUCACGUUUUUUACUCUGUCACGAGAAUCCACUUUACGACUUAAUUUCUCAAUUAAUCGAGACAAAAUGUAUCUUAAUUUGCAGUUAGUGAUACCUAGUAGUACACUUUGGAAUUGCUUUCAGUCAGUAUACUGCUUCAAUGACAUAAAAAUACUUGGAUUCCGCAAUUGUAGCCCUUUUCUUUGUUCGGCAAACUACAAAAGGGAGCUGCCAGGCUCAAAAAACGAUUCUACUCUUCCGAAGUUGUCCCAUUUUGAUUCCGAGCUGAGGGGCAGUGUGAGAGACGUUACUGUAUAGGAUCUGUUUAGAAAAUCUGGAACAACAUGAUAGAAUAUUUCCAAAUACUCUGCGGCAUUACUAUAGUGCUUCUUUAUCUCUAUUACCAUCACACUUCUAACUAUGAUUUUUGGAAGAAACGAAACAUACCUGGACCAGCACCGACAAUACUUUUUGGAAAUUUGAAAGAAAUAGCCUUUAAAAAGGAAUCCAUGAGUGAAUCUGUGAAGAGACUAUAUGACGAAUUCAAACAUGAACCAUUGUUUGGAAUAUUUGAAGCUACAACCCCUACUUUGAUUGUCAAUGAUUUGGAUCUGAUCAAAGAUGUUCUUGUUAAGGAUUUCCCUAUAUUUGCAGAUCGAGGACUACCUUAUUAUAAAAAGGUAGAACCAUUAGCGGAACAUCUCUUCUUUCUGGAAUCCGAAAGAUGGAAACCACUGAGGGCAAAACUUUCACCAACUUUUACUUCCGGCAAACUCAAAGAGAUGUUUCCUCUUAUAAUAGACUGUGCGCAACAUUUGGAAGAAUACCUGGACAAAAUGAUAGAGAAACAAGAGCCAAUAGAAUGUCGCGAAUUAGCUGCAAAAUUCACUACCGAUGUAAUCGGUAGCUGUGUCUUUGGGAUUGUUACAAAUGCUCUCUCGGACGAAAAUAGUGAAUUCCGUGAAAUGGGCAGAAGAUUUUUAGCACCAUGUUUUCGAACGACAGUUAGAACUGCAAUAAGGCAGUUCUUCCCUCGACUAUACGUUUUGAUUGGAAAUUAUAUUCAAGCUGUUGGAGUGAGCGAAUUUUUUAUAAAUAUGGUAUCUGAUACAAUGAGAUACAGGAAAAAAAAUAAUAUACAUAGACCAGAUUUUAUUAAUACACUCAUGGAACUUCGAGAACACCCUGAAAAGCUGCCAACUGUUGAAUUGACAGAUGAGUUCCUCACCGCUCAAGCAUUGGUUUUAUUCAUAGCUGGAUUCGAGACCUCCUCGACGACUAUAUCCCAUACUCUUUACGAAUUAGCGCAAAAUCAUGAAAUACAGGACAAAUUACAGAAAGAAAUAAAACAACAUGAUGAAAAAUAUGGGAAAACUUUAACGUACGAUCAAAUUAAAGGAAUGAAAUAUUUGGAAAAAGUAUUUAAAGAAACAUUGAGAAAAUAUCCAAUAUUACCUAUGUUACCGCGAGAAGCAUUAAAGAACUACACGUUUAAUGGUACAAAAAUUACCAUACCAAAAGGUACAAAAGUUUGGAUACCAGCAUUUCCGAUCCAUCGAGAUCCAAAUAUUUACCCAGAUCCUGAUAGAUUUGAUCCUGAGAGAUUCACUGAGGAAGCGAUUGCCAACAGACACCCCAUGAGUUUCCUGGCAUUUGGUGAUGGCCCAAGAAUUUGUAUUGGUGCACGCUUUGCGAAUUAUCAAGUCAAGCUUGGAAUUAUAACAAUCCUAAGGAACCACAAAGUUGAUGUUUGCAAGGAAACCAUUAUUCCAUUUAAACAUGAACCACAAGCGUUAUUAUUGUCGUUACAGGGAGGAAUAACCUUAAAGAUAACAAAAAUGUAAAACUGAUACACCGAUAGUUUGGAUGUAUGUACAUGUGUACAUUAUCCUGCAAAGUAAGCUCUCCUAGGGAAAAUUUCAUUACGGGGGAAGCAGGUAUUCUCAAAAUAUUAAUUUUGCCUAUAUCAACAUUAACCGUGAUUUUUUGAUAAAAUUUAGUAUAUGAAUAAGAAAUAUAGAUAAUAAAAUAAAUAUCAUAUCAAGUUUUUCCGUCUAAAUGCUUAUACUCAAGAGGUGGAGGGCCAUAGACUUACAGUAAAAGCUGGAUAAGUGCAAGAAAAGAUUGGCUGGAUAAGUGCAAAGUGGCUAUCCUCUCCACAUGGGGGGAACCCCCUUGGUGAACCGAGACGCUUGCCCAGGAAGCCGUGUAAUAUGAUCCGAACCGUAAUAUCGGUGUGACUAAUUCUAAUUCAACAAUAAAUGUUACACGUUCAAAGUAAAAACAUCUGUUCGUUUAUAACUACGAGAACCUUCAGACGGCAAUUCAAGCAGAUACAUUUUUAUUAUCAACAACCGUUUUAAGCAUGCAUUGCCAAACCAAUACUUCAAAUUGAAAACUGACCUUCAGUCCCUUAACCGUCGUCAAUCACCAUAAAAUAAAAGUUUCUGAGCUCCGACUCUUUUGUACAACGGUCAGAAUUCAAAAUAAACAGACACUGCAACCAACCAGCCCCAAAACGUACCGAUAUAGGGACCAGCAGCAACGGGAUUUCUCCACGACAGCUAAUUGCCGGCCGCAUGUGCGACGCAGAUACGAGAAAACCCGGAGACCGGGGCAAUUUCCACAAGGCUUCGAGGACUAUUGGGUCAACAUCACCCAGGUCAUUUUGCAACUUGCAAAACUACCCCACCACAUUGGACUCACCCCUUCGGACCGAACAGCCAACCGGUACUGGUGACGGUUGGAAAUUCGUCCGAUUGGUCCCCUAACCGAAGAGGCCCACAGGAGCCUCCCACAUCCAACUCCUUAAAUAAGCGAGAAUUCUCCCGCCGACACACACAAAGUUUUGAAUUCUCGGUGUCAGACGUUCUGAUUGACAUCUUAGUUUUUGAAUCUUGACACGCAUUAAAGUAUCUUUACAUAUUACGAUCAGUCUACAUUGAUUACAACCCUUAUCCGAUCUGUCUCCUUAACCGGUCGCAGGAUAGUACGCGAUUCGUGGCGUCGGUCAAACCGUAUCGAGGAUUUACGUCCCUCGUUUACGCGGAUCGUAUUGCAAUCCGCUAGUCUCGUCGUGGAUACGUACUUGAAGAAACAAUAAAACUUGUUUAUUUAUUACUUUUUUUUUA